GGAAGCUGUUCCAGCCGGAUGGGGUUUCCACGGACGCCCUGGAUGUACCGGUGGCUGAACCAUCGGUGCUGCCUGGUGGGUCCCAACAGGGGCCGCACACCACUUCAGAACAGGACUGCCUCAGAAGAGUCUUGUCUGAACUGCUGAACACAUUUGCUCACUAGCCAGCUGCAGGCCUAGGUCCUAGAAGAUGGCAGACAUGCCCAGUGGCGAGUCCUGUACCUCUCCACUGGAGCUGUUCAACAGCAUAGCAGCUCAAGGGGAGCUCGUGAGGUCCCUCAAAGCUGGAAAUGCACCAAAAGAUGAGAUAGAUUCUGCAGUAAAGAUGCUGCUAUCGUUAAAAAUGAGCUAUAAAACCGCCAUGGGUGAGGAUUACAAGGCUGACUGCCCCCCAGGGAACUCAACAGCUGGGAGUAAGAGUGAUUCAGAUGCCUCAAAAGCCAGUGAGGAUUUCGUGGACCCAUGGACAGUGCGGACAAGCAGUGCAAAAGGCAUCGACUAUGACAAGCUCAUUGUUCAGUUUGGAAGCAGCAAAAUUGACAAAGAGCUGAUAAACCGAAUAGAGAAGGCAACUGGCCAGAGACCACACCGCUUCCUGCGCAGAGGCAUCUUCUUCUCCCACAGAGAUAUGAAUCAAGUUCUUGAUGCCUAUGAAAAUAAGAAGCCAUUUUAUCUAUACACAGGCAGGGGCCCCUCCUCUGAAGCAAUGCAUCUGGGUCAUCUCGUCCCAUUUAUUUUCACAAAGUGGCUGCAAGAUGUGUUCAAUGUGCCUUUGGUCAUCCAGAUGUCUGAUGAUGAGAAGUACCUGUGGAAGGACCUGACUCUGGAGCAGGCAUACAGCUACACUGUGGAAAAUGCGAAGGACAUCAUUGCCUGUGGCUUUGACAUCAACAAAACUUUCAUCUUCUCUGACCUUGAGUUUAUGGGGCAGAGCCCAGGCUUCUACAAGAACGUGGUGAAGAUUCAGAAACAUGUCACUUUCAAUCAAGUGAAGGGCAUUUUUGGCUUCACAGACAGUGACUGCAUUGGGAAGAUCAGUUUUCCUGCUGUCCAGGCUGCACCAUCAUUCAGCAACUCUUUCCCGAAGAUCUUCCGAGACAGGACGGACAUCCAGUGUCUCAUCCCAUGUGCCAUCGACCAGGAUCCGUACUUCAGAAUGACAAGGGACGUGGCCCCCAGGAUCGGCCACCCUAAACCUGCCCUGCUGCAUUCCACCUUCUUCCCUGCCUUGCAGGGUGCUCAGACCAAGAUGAGCGCCAGUGACCCCAACUCUUCCAUCUUCCUCACUGAUACAGCCAAGCAGAUCAAGAGCAAGGUCAACAAGCACGCAUUUUCUGGUGGAAGAGACACCGUGGAGGAGCAUAGGCAGUUUGGGGGCAACUGUGAAGUGGAUGUGUCCUUCAUGUACCUGACCUUCUUCCUUGAAGAUGACGACAGGCUGGAGCAGAUCAGAAAGGAUUACACCAGCGGAGCCAUGCUCACUGGGGAGCUCAAGAAGACACUUAUAGACGUCCUUCAGCCUCUGGUGGCCGAGCACCAGGCCCGACGCAAGGCUGUCACCGAGGAAAUUGUGAAGGAGUUCAUGACUCCCCGGCAGCUGUCCUUCCACUUUCAAUGCUUUUGUUUUGACACUUGACUGAAGUGGAGGGCGGCACAGAACAGUGCUGGCUGUGCCCUGGGCCGGUGGACCAUAGCUAGACAGGAAAGAACAACAGCCGUCCAGGCCCUGUCAUUCUCCUUCGUGCUGGCCCUGUUUGAGCCACCACUCAGAGUCUUGGCAAAGCCGAAGCCGUAUCUCAGGGAAAGCCCCUGGUUGGACGUUUCUGUCCUCGCUGAAGGCACAAAGGCUGCUCUCGAAUGUUCUGUCCUUGCAAAAAUAAACUUUGUUGUGCUCCUG